CUAUCUUUUUUUUCUGCACAUCUAUUUUUUAUUGGUUUUCCUUUUUUCUCUAUCAUCAUAUGCUUUCAUAUUAACAGAAAUUCAUGAAAAUAAUUAUCAAAAAAAUUAGGCCCAACUAGUCAACCCUGAACUUUCCCUCCUCGAAAGCUCCAAAAAAAAAAAAAAAUCAAAACAGAACGAGGCAGAAAAAGACAUAAGCAUGUUGCUGGCAGAGAUAUGAAAAUUGGGAUAUUAAGUUAGCAAACGCAUCUCCGUAGCAUUCAUGUUGAAGAGAGAGCUGUUGACUUCUUCUUAGAGAGAGAGAGAGAAUGGAGAAGAAGCUGUCAGAGGCAGCCUUACAAGGAGACGCAACGACGCUAGAGCAAAUCCUAACAGAAGAUCCGCUGAUACUGGACAGGAUCAUCGUCUCCUGCAUCUCCGAAACCCCCCUCCACACCGUGGCGGCGCUCGGACACCUCCGAUUCGUCAAGCUACUGCUGAGCCGGACGCCGGAGUUGGCGGCCGAGCUGGACUCGCGGGGGUGCUCGCCGCUGCACCUCGCGGCGGCCAAGGGGCACGCGGAUGUUGUGACGGAGCUCCUGCGCGAGGGCGGCAAAUCCGGAUCUGUUCGAAACGCGGACGGGAGGAACCCCCUGCACGUGGCGGCGGUCAAGGGGAGGGCGGCGGUGCUGGCGGAGAUGGUGCGGGUCAAACCUGAGUUGACUCAGACUGUGACGGACCGGGGCGAGACCGGUUUGCAUCUGUCCGUGAAGUGGAAUAGGGCGGAGGCGGUCAGGGUUUUGGGGGAGGAGAUGAGCCGGAACGGUGACGUUUUGAAUUGGAAGGAUUGUGAGGGAAAUACAGCUCUGCAUAUUGCAAUCGCUAAUAAGCAUCUUCAGAUCAUCGAGUAUUUGGUAUCAUUGAAUGGAUUGCAAGUGAAUGCGUUGAAUAAGAGUGGAUUGACAGCUCUAGAUGUAUUGGAACAAAGUCCACGAGGCCUAAGAGACAUGGAGAUCGAAUAUUUACUCAGGAAGGCUGGAGCUUCAAAUGUCAAGGAUCUGCACUUGAUCGGCGAUGAUUGGGCGCCGGCAAGAGCCAAGGAGACAAACGCGAGAGCGUUGUCUACGAAGAAAUCAGUGGGAGAGAAGAAGUCCGCGGACUGGCUGGGGAGGAAGCGUAGUUCACUAAUGGUGGUGGCGUCUCUGAUAGCAACGGUGGCCUUUCAGGCGGGGCUGACUCCUCCCGGUGGCGUCUGGCAGGACGACUACGUGAUAGACGAGGAUGGGAAUGCGGUGACCGAUCCUCACUCUGUCGGGCAAGCGGUGAUGGCGUAUAAGCAGCCCAAGGAAUAUGGGAUCUUCAUGAUAUGCAACACGGUGGCAUUCCUGUCGUCUCUCAGCAUAAUCUUGAUACUCGUGAGCGGGCUGCCGCUGACGAGAAGGCGGUGGAUGUGGGUGCAGAUGGUGAUCAUGUGGAUCGCCAUCACGGCCCUCGAGGCAACGUAUUUCAUCACCCUCACGGGCAUGUCGCCCGACGAUGUUGGGAGCAUGCUGCGGGAGGUGACGGAGAAGUCGGUGCUGGCGUGGAUGACGGUCAUGGCCGUUGUGUUUAUAGGGAAUAUUGUGAGGUUGAAUUUGUGGGUUCUUAGAAAGUAUGGAUGGAUUAAAGAGAAGAAGAGACGGUCGGAAGGUGUGGAUGAUGAUGAUCAAGAAGAUGUUUUUGAAUAGCUUUUUUUUCUUCACAAUUUUUUUUAUCAGGAAAUGUAACUGUGAGAGUGCUUGAUUCUGUUGAGUGAGUCAUUUUUUGGCGUUUGACCUGCUUCCUGCAAUCUUGCAGGUGUACAUAGCGCAUUUCUCUCUCUAUCUUAAUUUUUUGUUUAUUUGUAAUAUACAAAAGAAAAUUAUAGAAUAGAAAGUUGUAUAGAUUACUUGUUUUUUCUUAAGACUAGCCCCAUAGUGUACUAUACUUUUAUACAAGUGAUUGUGUUUCGCAAUUA